AUGCUCCCGGAACGCCCUCUCGCACACGCACGGCCAAUGACGAGUCUCGGCGCCCGACGAGUGACCGUGCAAGAGAAGCUGCAGCAGGAGCGGACGAUCGCGCGAGAGGAGGCUUAUAUGGACGCGCGCCGGGAAGCGGAAGAAGCAGCAGGUACGUCGCCGGCGCAUCGAGACAGCCUGCACUGUCCCUCAUGUUCCUCGGCGCUGGCCACACAGCCCGCGCUCAAAUACUCGGACACGAUGCGCGGCGGCUCCGGGUCGCCGACGGCGGUCGAAGUUGGGAGGCUGAGACGUAGUCCGACCACGAUCGAGGCGCACAAGCAACAGCAAACGCAGUGGGAUGAUGAGCUACAGCAGGGGCCCACACCGAGCAGCAAGAUGCCCGCAGUGGCCCCCGUACUGGCCAGCAGCUCGCGCAUGCUGACAGUGAACAAGAAGCAUUACAACCGCAUGGACAUGAUUGGCAAGGGCGGCUCCUCGCGCGUUUACCGGGUCACCAACAGUAGCCAUGAGAUGUUUGCGCUUAAGCGUGUCACACUCGAUAAAGUCGACCAAGACACGAUGCAAGGUUACCUUAACGAGAUUUCCUUGCUCAAGCGUCUUGAAGGCAACCCUCGUAUCAUCCGCUUAUAUGACAGUGAGCUCAAGCAAGGAGGCAGCACGGGCAAAGGCAGCCUGAUGCUCGUGAUGGAGUAUGGAGAGAUCGAUCUCGCGAAGCUGGUUCAAGAGCAGCAGAAAGGACCGAUGGAUCCCGUCUGGGUUGCAUACUAUUGGAAGCAGAUGCUGCAAGCUGUCCAGGUGAUCCACGACGAGAAGAUUGUUCACUCCGACCUGAAACCUGCGAAUUUCGUCUUGGUCAAGGGGCAACUGAAGCUCAUCGACUUCGGUAUUGCGAACGCCAUCGCCAAUGAUACGACGAAUAUUCAGCGCGAUCACCAGAUCGGUACCGUCAACUUCAUGUCUCCGGAAGCCAUCGAACUUCCCGAGGGUACGCGCCGGCUUAAAGUCGGUCGUCCAUCCGACGUAUGGUCGCUGGGAUGUAUUCUUUAUCAGAUGGUAUACGGCCAGCCCCCUUUCCACCUAUACAGCGUCUACCAGAAGAUGAAGCUCAUCCCUGACGAGUCGCACGUGAUCGAGUUCCCGGAAUACGCUAUUCCAGUUGCGCGGAAGACGGCAAGGGAUCCUUCUCCUGGCAUACGCGGGGGUUCGCCUCAGCCACAGGCAGAACAGGCGAUGGAGCAUCUCAAAGUUCGCGUGCCGCAGGCAAUCAUCAACACCAUGAAGAGCUGCCUGAUCCGCAGUCCGAGGGAUCGGGCGACGAUUCCGCAACUGCUGAAGCAGAACUGGCUAGAAGCGGAGGUGCCCUCAGAAACCAUCACUCCUCCGUCUGCGCCAGCGACCCCACCGUUGCCCGAGCUCGCUCCCGACGAGACCAUCAUCAACCCUCAUUACAUGAUGCAGCUCCUCAUUUAUGGUAUCCGCAUGGGAUCAGAAGGUGCUUUGGAUUGGGACGAGGCGCGAUUGAUGCAGGAGGGCGAACGCCUCGUACACGAACUGCAGAAUAUGAACCGCAACGCUGGACGGAUGCGCUAG